AAACCUACUGGCAGGCACUCUCAUUCUGUCGCCGAACCACUCGCGAAGAAGGCAUCGAUGAAGCUCUGCAGCACGGCGACAGCGUCUUGGAUGGCCUUCUCGUGCCACCAGAUGUCGCUCAGAGCAUUCAGAUCGCAGCGCAGGCCGGCUAUCCAGUGAUUACUGUCCCGGCUGGCGUAAACCGCGCUUCUGGUAUGCCGUACGGACUGGCGAUCAUGCACACGGCGUUUGCGGAACCGACGUUGAUCAAGUACGCAAGUGCUAUUGAGGAUCUGCAGAAAUCUACGGAUACUCAGUGGAAGCGUACUCUGCCUGAGUGGCGUGGGUAUCGGACUCGUAAUAUUCCUGUGAUUAACGAAUAGACGCAUAGUUUAUAUACUCUUAAUGCUCACGAAUGUCAUGCGGCUAGAUAUAUCUCAAAAAAUUGAUGACUGCUAGUAAUGGUUGAAGAAGCUAUAGCUUGGAAACAUGGCAACGAAGAUGUUGAUGUCGUUGGGUACCCUGAGGGGAACCUUCAACCAUGUUGCUCUGCCACCCAAGCGUCCUGCUAGCUUCGAUAACAAUCUUGCUCGUAUUGAGGAAAGUCUCGCGUCACGGAUGCUACGGGCGUCAGACACCCUCGUCUCACUCACUGGCCAAGGCUCAGAUAGGGCAUGGAAGGCAGUUACGAAGGCUCUGGAGUCAUGUUGGAGAAUCCACCAAAAGGGAGUGGUAGAUAAGAAGGCGCUCGUGGAGGCUUUGCAGCGUGUCAAAGACAAUGUGCCUGUCAUCGUGCAUGUGUCAGAACAGAAUGCAGGUCUUCUGAUCCGUUACGAACGAGAAACGUCGAAUGUGAUAUUUGAAGCGUUUGAAGCGUCUCCAAGGGCUGAAGAUGUCUUGGGAUCAGCAAAGGCACUCGGAUGCAACUUCCCUGGCACGGCCGUUUCCAUACCACUUCUUCGCUUCCGACAACAAUCUUUUAUCGAAAGCCUGGCCUCGUUCCUGGAGCAGGCAAGCGCUGAAUCGAUCAAACAAUUUGCCGCCAAAGCCAGGAAGGCAGGUGUCACAUUGGCAGAGAUUCGUGACACUGUUGACCCUGCUCUUAUCACUCAGAUGCUGAUGGCGCUGCUCGAGGCUCUUGGGGAGCGAGUUUAUCCUCCACUUCUUCAGAAGCGACUCUGGGAUGAUGUGUGCUGGUCGAAUGCCGAGCGCCCGUGGCGACGAAGCGCUUUUUGGCUUGUCAUACGAGUGUGCGUUCAGAGGAUCUUGUAUGCUGAGCUAUCUCCUGAAUGGGGCUGUGUAAACUACAAGUUCCUUCAGUGCGUGCUCCACACACAACUUCUCCAGGAUUGCGCAAAGUCCAUGAGCAUAGAAGAAGUUCAUUUCUUGCGAGCCAAGCUAUGCCGGCGACUGGCGAAACUUGAAGCAGAAAGGACGGAAGCGGCUUUCCAGGGUGCUUAUGGCCUGUACCGCAGUUUCUUUGAUACUGUAGGACAGUUCUGCGAGAAGCACAUUCAAGCAGUGUCCCAGGCCAUAGACACAGAAUGGUCCUCGUACAAGAACUUUAUUCGACGACGCAUCCCCUCGUUUCCACUUCGUGCAAGCGACAACGAUUUACAUCUGACGUUACCAAACAGCUCCCAAGUUCUCCAGCAUGCACUUAACCGUUCUCGCCAAACCCAAGCAGCAGCAAAGCCGACAGCGAACGGAUCGGAGAAGAUUCCUGUGAAGGGCUUCGAACAAUUUCUUGCGCCUUACUAUAAGCUUUUUUCAAUGGAAGAAGAGCUUGCGAAAUUGAUCAAGUCAUCGAACAACGGAUGCAAAUGUUAUCGACUGGCUAGAUUGAUCGUACCCUAUUUGGAACUGGCAAUCAAUGCCUACAAUUGCAGUGUCGAGCAAAAGAGUCUGACGGUACUGUUGGUCUUUGAAGCGUGGAAAGUCAUGGAUGCGUGUGCAGUCGUCAAGUUUCCUUUGCUGAAAGAUUACCAUCCGGGAUUUCUUCCAGGGGCAUUGGAUGUCCUUCAGCUGCCCCGAUUGAGAGACAUGAAGCGCUUGCAAAAGCUACAGGAAUACCUGGAUGAAAGACGCAAAGGUCGAUUCUCAUCCCUCUCCAUCUUUUCGGACCCAGAGAAGAAUGCCUUUCCCAGCCAAUACUGCCAGCUAAGUGCUGUUUCUGCUCAACUGGAAGAACUGGAAGACAAGAUUACUGACGAAUCAGAAAAGUCCAAGGAAGAAAAGCUACGGCAAAUGAGGUCGGUGAAUACACGACACGAAAACCUUUGCCAUCAAAUAUCCCAAAUGACUUGCUCGUGUAUAGGCGGUAGAAGAGGAUACUCGAAAUGCGAUCACUGUCGCUUGAAGAGCGAACGCAAAAGCCUUCAGCUGGGCGUGCACGAGGAUUUCCUACCUUCCAACGAAAUCCAGCUACAGGCCAUACUGUUCGAACUGACUAUACCGGAAAAGCUCCAUGUUUAUCGGGAGACAACGUGGAGGCUUCUCAGCAUUCUAUCAUGCCCCCGGGCUGAGGCGGAUAAUUCCCACCCCCCAAAGAUGCAUCUCGCCGACUAUGGUCAAUUACGGGAAUACCGCAAGAAUGACCGCAUUUACACAAAGUGGUUUGGACUGGCUUCUGAUACCAAAUCUUUCCUUGUAACGCACUACAAGGGUGUUCGCCCCCCUGCCUCUGAGAAACAGGUCGUUUAUCCAUUUGGUCUCAGGUUUUCGUAUCAUGAUGCGAAAGAGAAUCGAUGGGCACACCGAAUGCAAUUUCCAGCCACGAUUGCUCAUCUGUUUGCGCUGAACGAGUCUGCCUUGAACUUACUGAACAUCAAAGAUUCCCCGGAGUUUGCGGCUGAUGCUCGCGGACCUUCCUCGCACGAGAUUAUCGUCAGCCAGUCCUGCUGCCCCCCGAAAUUGACUGUCCACCAAGCAACUGCAUAUAAGAGUCUUUUGUCCACUAGGGAGUCCCGAUGGUUGUGCAUGCUAAGGGAGCUGGGGUCCGCGAAUCUCAACUUCAGCCUCGAGGAGACGAUGCAUGUGUAUUCUUUUUUGUGUCAUCAGGCUGGACCGAUGGCAAAGCAGCCCCGUGAUAAGCUGCGUCUGAUUCAUGUGCCUUUCGAAGACGACGGAUUUUGCACACAAAUGUUGGACCAAAUCAGAUGCCAUCUCGAAGCGGUUUCUCCUAAUUGGCGCGAGACUCAUUAUAUGAGUACUUUGCUAAUUCUCGUCCUUCGUGUCUGCACAUUGGGAUCUCGCCGCUCUGCCCGAGGAACUUUGCGUGUACUUGAAAAAAUUCGACGGAUUUCACUGGAGUGGAUUCGUGUACUUCGACAAGAGGUUCGUCAUGCUCGAGAUAGCGAUCAUGCCCGACAUGCUAUGAGCUACGCUUUAGCCAGCGCUUUGAUUUGCAAGAGGACUUUCUUUUCGGAUACCAAAACCAAACAGUCCACCUUCGACGAAGACUCUCUCAGCUGUUUCAUUGAAGCUUCAAUUGCCGUACAGGAAAAUCUCUACACGAACCCGUCCAACCUGUCCACACUCCUCAAGGGCAUGCUCAUCCUAGCUGCCAUUGACAGUAUCUGGCCGGAAGCUGCGGGGAAUCAGAGGUCUUACGGACAAUGGAGUUUCUUGUCAUCUGACAUUUGGUGGUUGACCUCUGAGACCAGGGAAACUGCGUACAUGCCGAGGCAACGAGUUCAUUUCCAUCUCCUGGAGGGUCAUUUGCUCAUAGAUUAUCAACCCAUUGGUCGACUCCCAAGAGAUAUCCAGGAGUCUCCGGUCAUCCAGGAACUCUUUCACAAUCAGGUCCUGUCGGCAUACCCGUCCGCAAUGCCUGGGAUGACAUACGCCAUCGCUCAUCUCAGAGAAGGUCAUCAGGUUCAUGCUGGACGUAUAGACGGCAAGGUUGUGGUUCGAGCUCGCAUCCAUCAAGCGCUCCUGGAGUUUGUGGAAAGGUCAAUCUUUCGCAAUGAUGUCGAAACCGAUCUUCCUGGUACGUUGAUUGAGGGCUAUGUACAUUGGCUCGAUCUGGACAAUGGUCACCUGGAGUUUCGCAAUCGGUCGCGAAAAUGGGGCCUCGGGAGUCUGGAUAACUGGAUUCUGGACUUCCCAGCUCGAAGAGGGUAUCGACAAGACGUAUCUCUGGUCAACCCUCUCAGUGAACUGUGUCACAAAGUUACCAAGGUGUUUGAACAGUUCGAAAAUCCAGGACAGAUCACAGUGUAUCAACCAUCGGAAGCGAACCUGACCGUCGAACUCAAACGGAUGGACCUCGAAUUCUGCGUAAACGAACGGGGAUCACUGGAAUCAAAACAACUGAGAUGCAUGAUUGAUACUGACCAGGAUGCGGGUACUUGGUACGGACUGCAAAGCAUGCUCGUGCUUCGAGACGUCCGGAACCAGCAUCAGCGGAGCGUGAUGAUUCCCAUGGGGUCGGUGCGAUACGAGCUCAAGGGUCAUCAUGUAGCAAUUCGGAUUUUGAACAACAGGUGCUACGGUCAAUAUUCGAUCAACAGUGUUCUGGGACGCUUGCAGUGUGCACCCGAUCCCCAACUGUUGCUCUUGAAGGCCCAACUCCACGCAUACACUUCAUUCCCCUUGCCAGACACAUUGACAGGAAGAACCGGGACUGAGGAGGCCCUGACAUGUCUUUCAUCUGCUGGGAUGCAACCUUGGAUGGUCUCGGAGAAGCUACCAUUUCAGCGCUUGAUUGAAAUAGCUCGACUAACUCCACGACGUGUCUAUUACCCGCCCCAGCUAAAGAGGCAACAGACCGUGAGAUGGAACAAGCAGCUGACCACGACGAUUCAGCACGAUGCUUACCGGACGGUGGUCGAGCGUAUUCUACAUCGUAUCAAGCAUCUCGCAUCGUUCACUGUACCGCGUAUACAGGUGCCAGAACUUGACAGCGAAGAUGUCUUGCAUCUGCGCCAGAGAAGCCAUGCCCAUCGCCAGCAGUAUGAGAGACUGAAACUUUUUGAGAAUGAUCUGGAUUCUGCAAUUGAUCAUUUCUACGAGGCGCGGCAUGGAUGGCUCAGUUCAACGGAGACUAACCGGGUUUACGAAAUUGCCCUACUCAUCAACACACGUCCUUCUCGAGCUCGUGCGCCCUCAAACCUGAAGGACUUGCUGGAAAAACUACCUUACGUGCGCGGUUACAACACCCCUCUUACUGGGAAUGGGAUCACCGAUCUUCUGGAACUAAAUGUCGGUGUGGAAUGGGGACCAUUGACUAUGCUGUGCCGUUCAAGCCGACGGCCAGACCGCCGUGACGAUUUCCUUUUCCGGAUGGCGACUGUAGCAUUUUCCAGAAAUGUGAAUAUGGAAAUCCUUCGAUCAGCUCUCGCCUUCUUUCUUCUGGGGGAAUUGAACGGGCUGUCGCUGCCGAAGCACAAUGAGUAUGUGAGUUUCGGAAUGUACCAGAAGCCAGAGCUCGCCGACCUUAAGAAGCUCGUUGAGCCCUAUUGCACACCAUUCAACCCCAAUCAGUGUCCCACAGGGUCUACAGCUGAGCAGCAGGAUACUUUGGAGAAACAGCAUAAUGACCAGUGCCAGAGGGAGUGUGAAAAAGUCGCGAACACGCUCCUUUUUCAGUGGCCAGCUGGAAUGCCAUCCAUCAACGAUGUCAGAUUGAAACUUGUCAAUAAGGCCAUGGCUAUGCAAGCUAUUUUAGACACAUGGCGACGGCGCUUGUAUAAUCGCGAAUUUGCCAACCAUCUUGACAAAGUGCAAAGAGCAUUCGAUCGUCACCAAGAAACUGAGCCUUUUGUGAGACCGCCAGGGACCCUCGAGACGACUAUUUACCAUAGUCGACCUUCGCGCGGCCCUGUUGUGCCAUCAUUACUAAAGCAUCUGAUUAACAGAAAGGGUCCAAAUCGAUUUUUCCAACAGUCAAUGACGUUUCAAGCUGGUGCGGCCGUCAUGUCGAUUAUUGCAAGUCCCGAUAGCAGGAGUGAAGAAUCAGAGAAGAAGCGUCUUUCUUCAGAGCUACAGGAACUCAGGACUAUCAUUGAUGACAUGAAUUACUCGACCAAUGCCCUUCGGAAACAGUAUGGCGAGGGUCUCAUGACGAGCCUUGAGGUACUCGUGGAGCGUCAAGUCGGACCUUCUGUAUCUCACCUUGUCCCAGCUCUCAGCGACGUGAGCGAGGGAAUUAAAAAAACCCAGAAGAUUGUGGAAUCGUUGUUUCAGACCAUCUGCGAUAGUAUGACGGCAGACGACGGUCGAUACAGAUGGUUGAAUGCCGGCUUCCUUUACCCAUGCCUAAACCCAGUCACUCUCCUCGAGAACCUUAGGUCAACGCAACCAAUCAAGUUCGGCAGUGAUAUGCGGCAGGCCAUCGAUGCAUAUGGGCUAUGCAUUACUAGACUGCAGCAUCUCUUGCGAAUUUACGACGCGCUGACGAAGAACGACAAUAAAAGACUUGGCGAAGAGCUGGCCACAUCGGGACAUGAGAAUUGGGAAGUGGAUGAUAAUCCUGACUGGUUGCUUUUGGAGAUCGACUCAAACUUCCUCAUUCGAGAGCAGCAGGUGGAAGUCGCGCAUGCGACAAUUGCGCCGGCGUCUGGUGCUAAUUCUGUGCUCCAGAUGAACAUGGGUCAGGGAAAAACAUCCGUCAUCUUGCCUAUGGUCGCCUGUGCCCUAGCGAAUAAGAAGUCUCUUUCGCGGCUGAUUGUUCCGAGGGCUCUUUUACUGCAGACUGCGCAGGUUCUCCAAUCCCGCCUUGGAGGGCUGGUUGGUCGUGAGAUAUGCCAUGUUCAUUUUUCGCGAAAAACACCUACCACACGGGUGGGCAUUGAGAACUACUGGAACCUCCACAAGAGAAUCCGUAACGAGUCUGGUGUCAUCCUCACUCUCCCUGAACAUGUAUUAUCUUUCCGCCUCAGUGGGAUCCAGGCGCUAUAUGAUGGCAAGGAUGAGUCUGCAAGCAGCAUGAUCAAGAUGCAAUCUUGGUUAGAUGAAGUGUCUCGCGACGUUAUUGACGAAUGCGACUUCACCUUGGCCGUUAGAACCCAGCUCAUCUACCCGAGUGGACCGCAGUUUGUAGUGGACGGACAUCCCCAUCGAUGGAGAGUGACCCAGCUUCUUCUCGCUGUGGUGGAUACGCACUUGGACAGCCUUCAAGAGACUUAUCCUCAGAGUAUCAAGGUCGUUCGACGAACAAGUGGUGGUUUCCCAUUGGUGUAUUUUCCGCGACCGGAUGUUGAAAAGGCUCUUCGAACGCACUUGGUUGACGACAUCUGUGAAGGGCGCACGAACAUUCUGCCUCUUUAUGACCUGCCUGAAAUGAAGGAGUUUUUGCUGGAGGAGAACGUCCUCGAGUCGGUCAUAGAGGAAAUAGUGAACAGAUUGGGCCCUACCAGCCGUGAGAUGCAAGUACUUUACUUGCUCCGGGGUCUUUUGGUUCACGGGAUUCUACUUUUAUGCUUGCAAAAGCGCUGGAAUGUUCAGUAUGGCCUUCAUCCGGGACGAGAUCCGAUUGCAGUUCCCUUCCACGCGAAAGGCGUCCCGUCAGACCAAGCCGAAUGGGGUCAUCCAGACGUGGCUAUCAUGCUUACCUGCUUGGCUUUCUACCACAAUGGUCUGACUAUUGCACAGCUCCGUCAAGGAUUGGUGUGUCUUUUGCGGUCGGAUGAUCCCUCUAGUGAUUACAAUCGUUGGACGGAGCAGGCGGUUGACCUACCUGAUCGACUACGCAAGUGGAAUUUGAUCAAUUUCGAUGAUGGUGUUCAAAUCGCAGAGAUCUGGAGCCACUUGCGGUACCAGGUUGAGGUCAUCAAUUAUUACUUGUGUCACUUCGUCUUCCCAGUCCAUGCGAAGCAAUUCAAGUACAAGCUGCAGAUGUCUGGAUGGGAUAUUCCAAUUUUCACCACUAACAGUAUAGCAUCGGAGGGCUCAUUGACCACUGGUUUUAGCGGCACGAACGAUAAUCGACAGAUGCUCCCUUUGACAAUCCAGCAGGAUGAUCUCCCCGGGCUUGCGCACACGAAUGCCGAAGUUCUCACGUACUUGCUACAAGAGAGAAACCGUAACUACGUUGCGGCGAUUAACAAUGAAGGAAAUCACAUUUCCGAGAUGCAGCUUCUUGCCAAGUUGAAGGAAAUGGGAAUUCGAUUGUUGAUUGAUGCGGGUGCGCAUAUUUUGGAAUUUGACAAUAAAGACCUGGUACGCGCAUGGCUCGACAUCGACCAAGAAGCUCCUGCUGCGGUGUAUUUCAAUCACAAUCGGCCUUCUGUCUUCUACCGAAAUGGUAAGGAGGUAUCUCUUCUGGCUUCCCCUUUUGUGGACGAUUUGAAAGACUGCCUUGUCUACAUGGAUGAGGCGCAUACUCGUGGUACGGAUUUGAAAUUUCCAGUUACGGCCCGUGGUGCCCUUACCUUGAGUUUGGGUCAGACAAAAGAUCACACCGUCCAAGCUGCUAUGAGACUCCGUCAACUGGGCACAUCGCAAUCAAUUGUUUUCGUUGCCUCACCGGAAGCGCACCGCAGUAUCCUCGACCACCGUCGGAAGGAGGACAAUGAUACUGUUGAAGUCACGGAUGUCAUCGACUGGCUGCUUGAACAGACCUGUCGCACGAAUGAACAAAUCCAGCACCUGUACCUUGCUCAGGGAUUCGAUUUCUGCACCCGACAGCUAGCUGCCAGGUCGUAUUCGCAGUUUUUCAAUUCGAAGGAUCAUCGAUCUAAGUACCUACAAGCUGUCCUACAACAUGAGAAACAGACGUUGAAACAGCUUUACCAUCCAACAUUGGAAAACGAAACGACUCGACCUUCGUUUACCGCCGGCGGUCUGAAUUCCCACCCAUCCUCCGCCUUCGAAGAGGUAGAGCAAGAACGUGAAGUCGUCUUCGAAGUAGAGCAGAUACGAGAAAAACAACAACCGCCACGCUUCGAAGCGGAGAAGUUCGAAGGCCCGUGUCAGGAGCUGCUGGAUUUUGCAAGAACCGGUAGAUUGAAAGGAGAGGGAUGGUAUGAGACGAUGUACGCGGCUUUGGCGCGGACUAGGACUGGGCAGAAGUGCUGCAUUCGUACUACGCGACCAACCCUUGUAUUGGUUUCUCGCGAGUUUACGCGGACGAUCAAGUGGGCAAAGGGAUCAUCCUCGUGGCGUGAUGACUUCUUGCGACCGCUACAUUGGAUUCUCUGGUGUCCCAGCGCACAAAGGGCAAUGGUCGUCAUCCCCGAAGAAGCAGAAGCAGUCCUCCCGAUCCUUCAAACCAUCAAAUUGCCCAAAACCCAUCUAAUUACCUAUGCACCGCCUAUAACCAGGCAGAUGAUGAAAUUUAGCGAGAUGCGGUACUACACCGUCCCGACACUCAAACAGUCACUUCCUACGCAGGUCAUCAUCGAGAUCGGUCUACUAGCAGGACGGCUGUACUUUGAAUAUGACGAUUACGCGGGCAUCAUGGCAUAUAUGGGCAUGCGUGUUCCGUUGUCCGGUGUUUCGGACGUCGUAAAAGCCCACGUUUCGGCCUCGAGCAAGGAACUCGGUUGGCAGGGACGAGCAUUUUGUAAAAAUGUAACUGGAUUUUUGGAGGAGUGGCUUGCGGCUACACGAACUGGACAGGACUUUGGACAGACACCGAUGGGAUAUGUCAGUCAGGGACGACCGUUGCGCAACGAUCAUCCUUUCUUUGCUAGGAUUACGAAUGAUGGUCAUGGCGAGAGCGAGUCCGAGAGUGGAUCUGAGAGUCUAUCUGAGAUUGGAUCUGAUGAAAGCGGAUCUAGCGAUGAGGAUAAUGAUAGCGAUGCCAUGGAGGUGGAUGAUUGAUGGCGAUUUUGAACGACAGUGAUAUUGCAAUACUGUGACAUUUCUGGGGAUAGUUGACUAUGUACUCUUUCUUAUUUACACAAUUGGAUUAAACGAAACAAGAUGGGUAUUGUGCGUUGAAACAAAAGAAAAGCAAGGGUAUACACUAAUCUACGCCGUAGCAUCUUUCUUCAAACCCAUCUUGAACAGAGGCGAGUUCUGCAGAUCCCCCCAGUUAUGAAUGGAGACGCUGUUCAGGUUGGACGACUCGACAACUUCGCGUCCUCUGACUAGGACUUCUUUUUCAUAGGCCUCGAGUGCCGGUCGGAGGGCACCGGGGGAUUUAUCUUGGAGUUUGGCGAUUUCGCGGCUGAGGGAGGCGGCGUCGAGGAUGGCAUUGUUGAGUCCUUGGCCGCGGUCUGUCCAGUCAGUACCCGUUCAUCAUGUCUCACGGA